CUGUUUAAACCCUAUACAUUGUGAGCAGCACACGAUGUUGAACCAAAAUCAAUGGAGCGAAGCUCCGGUGUGCCUUGUCCCGUCACGAACACUCUCUCGUGCGUACAUAGAAACAAAAACGAGCGGGUAUCAGACAAACAUGUAAUCCAGAUGUACGUGGCUACGCUAAGAGGUAUCGAGAAGGGCAAGUUCCUAUGGACAUGCAUGUCAUUGUGGAUGGUGUAAAGAUAUUUAGAAAGUGGAGGAGUAGCCGCCAAGGGAUCAACCGACACACUAACAAGAGAAUACAACGAGCGGACAGAUCAAUAUUGUAACGUGGCUCAUAUCAAGAUACACGACAGAAGAAAAAGAGAAGAUGAGAAUCGCCGUCGCAUCUUCAUCCAUGGUAUCCGACUGUUGAGGGCACUCGCAUUCGGGUCUGAGACAGGGCUGUCGUCGAACUCUUGCGAUACACCAUCCCAGUUCCCGUCCGUGGCUUUCUUGGCCCAUCGGCCAGUGGCGCCGUCCCCGGCGGCGAUGUAGGUGGUGUGUGAGAAGGCGUCGAUAGGCUGUAUCUUGUAUCAACUACGGGAACCGGAGGGGCACUUUGUGGAGACCAAGCACGCCCAUGCCGAGAAGCAGGUGAUGGUGGCCCUGAUACCGCUCUCGAACGCUGUUGAGCGUGGAGGCUUCGGCUGUUAACAGAGGGUAUCCCAGCCUUUGGGGUGGGCUCACUGGGCUGCAUGCCAGUGGAUAAUGACGCGGUGAGACGGAGUGGACGAGGAGUCAUCGAAGGACGACGGGCGAGCAAGACCCGAGAUGAAGCUUGUGGUGUGACCGGAGCGAUAUGGCCCAUCGAUGCACCGGCAGACGAAGAAGAUGAUGCCGGCGACUCUGGACGUGUCGCACGGUUAGACUGUAACACACUUGUGCUCUCUGCUUUCAGCCUAAGAUCUGGGCGGGAUGAGUAUCGAAGGCUAGCCAUUGAGCCCAUUCUCCGAGGCAAAGGAGGGAGGAUUUUAUCACGAUCCCACAGUCUAUGUGGCGUGUCAGCGCCUUCAGGGGUAGCUGGGACAGAAAGGCUCAAGGUGGAAGCGGUGGACGGCGUCCACAUGUCAGAGUCCUUGUCCUUGGAACCGUCAAGGGCGAUGGUGAGGAUACCCGGAUUCGGCUCUGAAAACCGCAUACCAGAUGGACGUAGCGGAGAGGACGAUCCUGAAAUGUCGAGGGAUGAGGUACUCGAGCUCGCGCGCUGGCCGUUGGGACGAGCUUGCCAGGAUGUCGGUGGUAGUGACGAAUAACCUUUGAGGCGACCCUUGUACGGCGC